GUAGUCUUACUUUUGGGGAGGAAUCUCUCCUAUAGUACUUUCCCCCCACCCCCACCCCCAGCAACCAUAUCCAACCAUAGAUCUUUAACUUGUAAUCCAUUUUAUAAAGCACCAUCCUUUACUUAGAUCUUCUCCAAAAACCUUAUUCUUCCAUUAAAAUUACCUUCUUUAAUUUUCUCUCCUUUACUAAAAAAACAACCAUGUUAGGCUCAAUAGAGCUCCCAGAUUGUGUUUAUUCAAAAGAACCUAUUUUCAUAACUCCCAUUAGCCCAACACCAAAUCACUCCCUUUAUUUAUCAAAUCUUGAUGAUCAAAAGUUCCUUAGAUUUUCCAUCAAAUAUCUUUAUCUUUAUACUAAGUCCAUAAAUUUGGUCAGGCUUAAAUCUUCUCUUUCAAGAGUUUUAGUGGAUUAUUAUCCUUUAGCAGGGAGAGUAAGAACAUGCCCAGAUCACAAACUUCAAGUGGAUUGUAAUGGAGAAGGUGCUAUAUUUGCUGAAGCAUUCUUGGAUUUAACAGCUGAUGAACUUCUUGUUGUUUCUAAUAAGCCUGAUAAAUCUUGGAGGAAAUUAUUGUAUAAGGUUGAAGCUACCAAUUUCUUGGAUAUUCCCCCUCUAGUUGUGCAGGUAACAAAUCUCCGUUGCGGGGGUAUGAUCCUCUGCACCGCCAUCAACCAUUGUCUCUGCGACGGCAUUGGCACUGCUCAAUUCUUACAUGCCUGGGCCCACUUUACAAAGGACCCCACCGGUAUUUUACCAAUCACCCCGUUUCAUUCACGCCACGUGUUAAAACCCCGUGAUCCUCCACAAAUAACCUCCAUACAUCCAACAUUCACGAAAAUACCCCUUGAUAGCCAAAAAUCCCAAUUUAGCCUCAACCUUUUCCAAUAUUUACAAUCCCAACCAAUCACCCCUGCAUCCAUAACAUUUUCACAGUCCCAAAUUCUUCACCUAAAAAGACAAUGUUCACCCUCGGUAAAAUCCACCAGCUUUGAGGUUCUAGCUUCUCACACGUGGCGUUGUUGGGUUAAAUCCUUAGAUUUACCAUCCUCCAUUAACGUGAAGCUCCUAUUUUCUGUGAAUAUUAGGAAGGCAGUAAAACCAGAAUUACCAGAAGGGUAUUAUGGGAAUGGAUUUGUGCUUGGUUGUGCUGAAGCACCAGUCAAGCAUGUGGUAAAUGGUAACUUCCAAGACACUGUAAAAUUGGUGCAAAAUGCUAAAUCUGAAUUAACCAGCGGCUCAAUAAAAUCAGUAGUCGACUUGUUAGAAGAUAAAACAGUAAAAACUGAUUUAUCUGCGAGCUUGGUUAUUUCACAGUGGUCAAGAUUGAGUUUGGAGGAAGUAGAUUUUGGAGAAGGGAAGCCAAUUCAAAUGGGUCCUUUAACCAGUGAUAUUUACUGCUUGUUUUUACCGUCAGUGGGUGAAUUUGAUGCUGUUCGAGUAUUGGUUUCUUUACCAGAAGGAGUUGUGAAGAAAUUUGAAUAUUACAUGACAGAACUAUGGGACGUAAAAGAUGUUAAUGGAGAUAUCAUCAAAGGGCAUCUUCAAUUCGAAAAUCCUAAAAUGAUUUCUGCUUGAAUUUCCUUAGGAAAAUUAACUUCAGUUUCUUUUUUAUUUCCUUUUUUGAAUGUGUUCUCUAGUAAUUUGUCACCAGCUGCAAUUUCUUGUAUAGAGUGUGAAUGUAUAAUUGUUAAAAGAAAUUGUGAAUGCAAUGAUAUUCUACGUCCAA